ACCAGAAUUUAGAGCCUCAGGCUUCCGCCAGUCUUGCUCCGGAACUACAAUUCCCAGUAACUCUGGAACCGAUCGGGUAGGGGUGGGAGCUGUCUCUUUGGCGAAUCACUAGGAGGCCGGACACUAAAAAGGGAAUUAUUCGCUGUAGAGACCCUAUUGUGAGGCAAGAAAAAGGCCGGCAGCUGAACCAAUCCUCGAGCUCGGAGCCUGUGGCGGAGGCGGGAAAAGAAGGCCGCGGAUGUAUUUAGAAUGAAGUUCGGCCAAUCUUUGUUCGCAAAGCCUGUGAUGACAAAGGAGAGUUGAGACAGUGGGGAACGCUAUCCAACCGGAGCAGACCGCGACUAAUGAGGAGCCGAGGACAUGAGGAGAGGGCGGGUCCGGCGUUGACUAGCAGGUCUAUCGGCCUGUAGAUUUGUUUGUUCCGGGGCGGGCACGAUGGCCGCGUCGGAUCCCGUGGUGGUGGACCUGAUCAGCGACAGCGGCAGCGACGGAGAGGCCGGCGCGAGCGGUGCCAGGGGCGUGCAGGGUCCGGCCUCUUUUAGGGGUGGAAGACGCGGCAGAGGCCGCUGCCGAGUCCUCGACAGCGAUAGCGACAGCGACAGUGAGGCAGAAGGGGCCGGGGCGGCGGAACGGCUGCGGCUGCGGCCCCCCGCCCCGCGGCGGCGGCGCCUUCUACUGGGGGCAGGGGAGGCCCCCGUGGUCCCCGUGUAUUCGGGCAAGGUGAAGAGCAGCCUCCGCUUCUUCCCCAAGGAUCUUAGGCAGCCACUGUUCUCCGGAAGCCCUAGCGGGGAAGCUCUGGAUUUGGAUUCUGAUAAACCCCUUUCUGAGACCAUCCCUUUGCCAGUUUCUUCUACAGAAAAGAAUCAAAAAACUAAUGAUGAAGAAGAGGAGAACCAUUUUUUGGUGCGGGACAGUUCUUCUUCCCCUUCUCCCCCUCCCCGGUACCGAGGACGAUCCAGGAAACCCCCAAGAGCCCUUGGGAAGAUAAGGGAGGUGAAUAAGCGCUUGCAGGGUCUCCGAUCUUACCUGAGUCCCCUGUCAUCUAAAGACCAUGUUUCUGAAAAUUCCGAAGAUGAAGUGAUCUUGGUGGAGGAGACCAGUGUCAGGGAGAGCCCCCGACACUUAACUCUUAAAGUGAGGUGCCGGGCUGACCUUGUCAAAUUGCCUCUCAGUACGGAUGAGCCCUUGCAGAUUGUUGUGGAUCACAUGGCGUCCCGAUUAGGAGUGUCCUCUGCCCGAAUUCUUUUGCUGUUCCGAGAAGUAGAACUUUCCCCUAGUGCCACCCUCAGCUCUCUAAAGAUUGGAGUAGCUGACAUCAUUGAUUGUGUAGUCCUGUCCAGUACUCCUGAGCCUUUGAAAGAGUCAGAAUCAGGAGAGGAACUUCGGCUCAGGGUUCAGGGGCAAGAGAAACACCAGGUCCUAGAGAUCACUGUACCCCGGGGUGCUCCUCUUAGAACACUGAUGUCUCACUAUGCAGAGGCCAUGGGACUCAAAGGACAUAAGCUCUCUUUCUUUUUUGAUGGUGAGAAGCUUUCGGGCCAAGGAACCCCCGCAGAAUUAGGCAUGGAACAAGAAGACCUCAUUGAAGUUCGGAGUUGAAGUGCAGUGUUCUGCCUUCUCCCUCCUUCCCUGCCUUCAGAGUGAGAUAUGAAGCUGGGACUCUUCAAAAAUCAAAGGAGAAUGUCUGCCCUUCUAGUCUUCCUUUUCCAUCUUCUCUCCUGUCUUCCAUUUGCCCUAAAGCUAGAUCUGAGAAAGACCUUCCUUUUCCUCCUCCAUUUCUCUUGUCAUUUACCCCUUACCCUUCUUUCAUGGAUGUCCCAGAUGUGGAGCUGCUGUUCUAGCAUUUGUUCUUGUCAGUUUCUAUGAGUGCAUCUUAAUUGCCUUCUGCUAACUGAAGGAUUAUUUGAGUUCCAGUUACCCUGUAUAUAUGUGUUCAUGUGUCCUUUGACCUCUUUCUCCUUGCACUGAUUAUUUUGGAUCUUGGGGUGUGAAGAUACAUUGAAAACCUCUCGUUUCCAAAUUUUAAUUUGUGAACCCAGUCAUUUUUGUAACUGGAUUUAAAAUAAAAUGUAAUUUGGA